AUGGCGAUGAUUUUCGAUUUAAUCUUCGAUCCAAAUCGGUGUCCAAGAACUGCCGAAGAGGAAGAUAUUGACUUAGACUGUGAUAUGCCCGAAGUUAAUCGACAGGAUUAUGAUACUGAUCUGGAAAGCUUCGAAAGGGAAGAAAGACGGAUGGAGGAAGAGGCUGCAAAGGAGGCAGAAGUCAAACGACUUUUAGAAGAGAAAAUUCAGGAGAAGCUUCGAAAUCUCGAAAAUAUUGUGUUAGAGCCUCUAGGGCAAGAGAGAACAAACACAGCUGCAGAAGCGAGUCCUUCCGAAUGGUCUGAAGAUGAAGAUGGAGGAGCCUCCGAACCUCUUUUAAAUGACAGGGAAUCUACGGGCUAUACAACGGAUGAUCCUGCAUUAGAGAAUAUUUCUAUGAUUAAUGAGACUGGAUUGACAGAUGCAGAAGGUGCUCUAAGUGAUGUAAACUCGGCAUACAUAGACCACAACCAUGAUGCAGACAUGGACGACAAUACCUCGAUGUCAUCUCGUGCUUCAUCUAGGAUAUUCGACUCGGAUGCUAUGAUGUCGCUGGAUUCGCUGAGUGCUCUCUACGAUUCAGAAUACGACAAUUGUUACCGCACCGACGACGACUUAAACGCAGUGCCCGACUUAGAUAGACUAAACUAUUUUUCAGUGCCGACCGACGAUGUGCAUUUGGCCAAUAUACGGUCCAUGAGCGAAAGCAUUACUAGAAAUUUCGGUCAACCCAGGAGCGAAACUGAUCCUGAUAGCGACGUUUAG